UAUGCGAUUGACGCUCUGUUGUCAUUGACAACUUUCGCGAAAAUGGAAACCGCAUCGCAAGCUCUUCAACUAUUAACUUCAUUGAAAAUUUUGCGUGAAAUUAAAAAUAUCCGAGAUGAAAUGCCAAGAAACCGACGAUCGCGCCGACGAUGGUGGAUUAGGCCAUCAAAUCGACGCCGUAAAACCGAAGGAUUCUACGAAACAGCGUUCGAUCUAAUGAAGAAAGGAGAUCCUGAUUAUUUUGUGCGAUCGGUUCGUAUGACACCAGAUGUUUUUCAGAAGCUGUUGGAAACUGUGAAGCAUCGACUAGAAAAAUUCUCCAUCAGAAAACCCAUAAAUCCGGAAUGCCGUCUUUUUAUGACGCUUAUGUAAGUACUCUCAAACGUAUUUAUAAGUUUCAGCUUAAUCAUUGCAAAUUAACAUUAAAUUCAAUAAAAACCGAAAAUGUUCGUGAUUCGCAUACCAAGAACCUCUUGAACAUUCGUGUUAUAGACAUUUGACUAUAUUGCUCUAUUUCAUUUCAGGUAUCUAGCGCAUGGAAUGAACCACUUUACACUGUCUCGUUUAUUCAGGGUUGGACGGUCUACAGCUCAUCGGAUUACACAGGAGGUAGUGAAAGUACUAUGGGAUGUACUGGUUGCUGAAUAUCUUCCGGUUCCUGAUGAAGAAACUUGGAAAACUUAUGCUUUAGAAUUUUAUCAUCAAUGGCAACUUCCCAACUGUUGCUCAGCUAUCGACGGGAAACAUAUAGUAAUACAGUGUCCUCCAAAGGCAGGAUCGGUGUAUUACAACUACAAGAAACAACAUUCAAUAGUUCUGCUUGCAGCUUGUGAUGCAAACUACAAUUUCGUUGCAGUUGAUAUCGGAGCUUACGGCGGAAAUUCAGAUGGAAGUGUGUUUUCGAACAGUGAAUUUGGGCGCCGUUUACGAGAAGGAAAUCUUGAUUUACCACCUGCAACUUGCCUACCAUAUUCAAAUCAACUUUCACCUCACUUCAUAGUUGGUGACGCUGCCUUCCCAUUGAUGAAUAACCUUAUGAGACCGUACCCGGGAAGAAACUUGCCAACAAUCAAAGACUAUUUCAACCAGCGUUUGUCGAGAGCUAGACGUACGAUUGAAAAUUCCUUCGGAAUAAUGGUUGCUCGAUGGAGAAUUUUGAAGGUUCCACUCGUAAUGACUCCUGAAGCCGCAGAAAACAUAACGAAAGCCAUCAUUGUUCUGCAUAAUUUCUCAAAUAAGCAUGCUAGACGUGUAUAUGCUCCACCUACGUUUCCGGACCACCUCAACCACACCGGUCAAUUUGUGGAUGGUGAGUGGCGCACAGUUGCAGAUCCAUUACCAAGUGUGACAGCUGAUUCCAUCAGCAGAAAUCAUAAUGCUCCAAGAAAUGCAUAUCAAACUCGAGAUAAUUUAGCUCAAUACAUAAUUAAAAAUCGUCUUCCGUUUGCAGUAUCACAAUAAUAAACAUACCAUAUACCUAUGUAAAUUCCUUCACUGCUAAACAUUCAGAGAUAAUAUUGUAUUCAGACAAAACUCUCAAAUUAGACAUAGUACCCGGGAUUUUAUUCAAUGUAUGAUUUGUUAUGAUUGAAAGAGAAUACGAGAAUAAAAUAAUUGAAAAAAUGUAAAAUUUCAUCCAUAAUUAGCUCAAUAAAUACCGUAAUCAAUCCAUCUACCAGUGACAAGUGCCUUUCUCGAGUCAGUCAGAUUCUAGUAACCAUCAUUAGGACAUUCGGAAGGCAAUUCUUGGACACUUUUUCAAAAGGGCGUAUCUGUUUUUGUAAACAAAGAUUCGAACGUCAAUUUCUCGGAAAUCUUAGCACUGCCACGCAAACUAACACUACCAUCAUAAAGGGUAACAUUUCCCCUACCUGAUGGUACAGAUACGUCCUUUUGAAUAAGUAUCCGAUAAUUUAUGAUCAAGAAGUUACAGAUUAAUUUUGUUGAUCGC